CGCCCGGGGAAGUCGUCGUCCUUACCUUCAGACGGAGCCCGCGCCUCCGUGUCCGCGCCCGCCGGCUCUCCGUUCCGUCCUGCAGCUGUCCACUGCCCUCUCGCCGCCCACCAUGGCCCUGCUGCACUCCGGCCGCGUCCUGUCCGGGGUCGCCGCCGCCUUCCACCCAGGCCUCGCUGCCGCGGCUUCUGCCAGAGCCAGCUCCUGGUGGGCCCAUGUGGAGAUGGGGCCCCCAGAUCCCAUCCUGGGAGUCACAGAAGCCUAUAAGAGAGACACCAACAGCAAAAAGAUGAAUCUGGGAGUUGGUGCCUACCGGGAUGAUAAUGGAAAACCUUACGUGCUCCCUAGCGUCCGGAAGGCAGAGGCCCAGAUUGCUGCAAAAAAUUUGGACAAAGAAUACCUGCCCAUUGGGGGGCUGGCGGAGUUUUGUAAGGCAUCUGCAGAGCUGGCCCUGGGUGAGAACAAUGAAGCCUUGAAAAGCGGCCGGUAUGUCACCGUGCAGAGCAUUUCUGGAACUGGGGCCUUAAGGAUCGGAGCCAAUUUUCUGCAAAGAUUUUUUAAGUUCAGCCGAGAUGUCUUUCUGCCCAAACCAUCCUGGGGAAACCACACACCCAUCUUCAGGGACGCUGGCUUGCAGCUCCAUGCUUAUCGGUACUACGACCCCAAGACGUGCGGCUUUGACGUCACGGGCGCCCUGGAGGACAUUUCAAAAAUACCACAGCAGAGCAUUAUUCUCCUGCACGCCUGUGCCCACAAUCCCACAGGAGUGGACCCUCGCCCUGAGCAGUGGAAAGAAAUAGCAACAUUGGUGAAGAAAAACAAUCUCUUUGCGUUCUUUGACAUGGCCUACCAAGGCUUUGCCAGUGGUGAUGGGGACAAGGAUGCCUGGGCUGUACGCUAUUUCAUCGAACAGGGCAUUAAUGUUUGUCUCUGCCAAUCCUAUGCCAAGAACAUGGGCUUAUACGGUGAGCGUGUGGGAGCCUUCACUAUGGUCUGCAAAGAUGCUGAUGAAGCCAAAAGGGUGGAGUCACAGUUGAAGAUCUUGAUCCGGCCCCUGUAUUCCAACCCGCCUCUCAAUGGGGCCCGGAUCGCCUCAACCAUUCUGACCAGCCCUGAUCUUCGAAAACAAUGGUUGCAAGAAGUAAAAGGCAUGGCCGACCGCAUCAUUAGCAUGCGGACUCAGCUGGUCUCCAACCUCAAGAAGGAGGGCUCCUCCCACAGUUGGCAGCACAUCGCUGACCAGAUUGGCAUGUUUUGUUUCACAGGACUGAAGCCGGAGCAGGUGGAGCGGCUGACCAAGGAGUUCUCCAUCUACAUGACGAAGGACGGCCGCAUCUCUGUGGCAGGGGUCACCUCUGGCAAUGUGGGCUACCUUGCUCAUGCCAUUCACCAGGUCACCAAGUAACUCCCCCGUGAGAGGAAACAGAGACGACCUUCCUGUCUUCGGCCCCCGCUGGUGUGAGGUUCACAAGGCAGAAGAGGGCGGGUGGAUGGUGGUGAGCAGAGCAUUUCUUUCAACCACAGUACGUAACACUCAGCGACUGAAUGUGUUUCUCAGCAAAGAACGUGUAGUGAAAUAGGGCAGAGGCACGUGUGGCUGGUGUCUGGAACUUUGCGGCUCUAAACCAAAUUCUCCCUCAUUCCUUUGUCUCCAGCUUUUCCGGAAGAGUUUACAUGUACAAGAAAGGCAUAGCCCAAAAAAACCUAGCAGUCACACCAUUGCCAUAUUUCAGAAGCUUUAACUGAAGCACCUGAUGGUGUCGGGGUUCCUCUGUAGAUCCAGCGUGAAAAUAGCAUGUAGGAGAGGCUGUGUGAGAAGCCCUCGUUCUAACAUCACAGGCAGCCUCACGUUAGUCCUCCUGUGGUUGAGCAGCCCUGUCAACAGACCUUAUUACAGAAAUCAUGUUUUAGGAAAACCAGUGAGUCUGCUGCCACUGCAGCAAGGAAUAUAAAAGAUGCUGUUUCCUGUCUUAUUUAAGAAAGAAAGAAAGAAGGUGCUCCUUUUUAAUAUCUGCAGGCAUUUUAAUGUUGCUCUCUGCUCCCUUAUCAUUGCUGUUCAUUUCCUUGGCACAAAGGUGUAUAACUAGCCUAGAUUUUCACCCUCUUAUGCUGCUUGAUUGACCAUCACCCCAUCCUCUAGGAUGUGCUUAUUUGAAGAAUGAAGAACAUAAUUUACUGCUCGUCCCAUAGCCCCCUUUCUCGGCAGAGAAUAGCAGAGAGUAGGUGACUGAACUUUAUUUCCGCAUCCUCUUCAAUGAGUGUUUGACUGUCUCCUGUCGGGACGUUGCCUCUGCCCAACUGGACCUCGUACCUUCGUUCAGCGUGGUGGUGCAGUCACUCAUCUCACAUCAUGAGUCGGGCGUCGCAGGGUAGAACCAGGAGAGAGGAUUCUCUGAGCUUUGGCUUUAACCUUUCUGUGCCCCCAGCUGGACUCAGGCUUCACCCUUUGGAAAGAUAACCACCCUCUGCUCGAAUCAUGUAGACUUAUCGCAGCCUGGUUUCUCUGUUACAAUAAACUUACUGUAGACCC